GAUUGAACUGAGUUGUAUUAACUUAAAUAAUUACAAUUAGUUUAUAUUAAUUAACCUUUAUGAGUAUUUAGAACUUUUUCUUAUUUAUGAGUUUGUAAAAAUUAAACCUUUCAAGUAAGAUGGAAAAUUUUGCUGGUUUAAUUUAAACAAAAUGUCUCUUUAAAGUUUUAUUAACUCAAAAUCUUUCAGCCUUGUGAUUUUGCGUAUGACGUCAUCCAGGUUCACGUCAACUGUCUUGCCCGCGCUUAUUCCUCGUUCGUUUUUUUCAAGAUGGCGGAUCGGCCUCGCUUCACACUACAUUUUCCUAUGAUGUUCAGCUAAGGCUUAGACAGGGAAAUGAUGAAUUUGAGAAGAGCGGAAAGGGUCUAAAGUUGACAAGAGACCAAAAGCAUGACAUUCUGGAGAAGCUUGGCUCAACCAUGUAUGAUUUUAAGGCGUACCCAGACGACAAACAGAUAGGAAAAGUAGCAGAGGCCCUUGUCACAAAGCAUCCUUGUUUGAAGGAGCCAGGCUCUGACACAGGUUGGAAUGGGUGGAAAACCAGUUUAAAGUUCAAGAUGGGCAACUUGAGAAACAAAAUGAGGAAAAUUGGAUGUCUUGAGGUAACUGUUAAUGCUGGGAAAAGAAGUCAAGGCCAUCCUGAGAAUGAACCAUCACAUUCUAAAAUCAAGAAACCAAGACGUUCUGAGGUUAAUUAUUUGCCAAACUUUCCUCAAGGUGAGGAUGAAGCAUCUCUUGAAACAGUUAGACAGGAAAUUGCUGUUGAAGUCCAGAAGACAGAAAAAAAUACUAGUCUCAUCCACAAGAACAUGGAGAAAACUUUUGCUCUGCGACGACAGAACAUUGUUAGCGGAAGCCCAUCUGUGAAUGAGUUUCUGAAUCUCUGGCCUGCACUGCGUAUAACAUCUGAGCUGUUUGCAGAGUACCAACGUGUUACAAAUGAGAAUUUGCCCAACAAAUUCUAUGCACAACUGGACUACCUCCUACCUUGUUUGAUGACCAUUUUAAGGCAAAAAGCAUCCAAGACAGGCAAGACAGCAGAUGCCCUGGCUAAUCUUUUGAAAGUUCAUGAUGAGCAGGAACUGCAUGAUGUAAAUUCACGACGGACUACCGUUAUCAGAGGUCUUCCAGUUUUGCUGCGUGACAAAGACAUAGGAUUUUUUAGGACCACCCUGAUUGAUAAUCCUGAAGUACUGACUGAGGAUGCUCCAGUGUCCCUGCUUACAGUUGUUCAUGAAAAUGCUGCUGCUCCAAUCCAUUACGAUCCAGUGAGGGUCUCAGUUGUCCUGGAGAAUGAAGUGGUCACCACCCAUAGCCAACUUCCAGAGGCCUUUCUUGUCUUGUUUGGAUUCAUGUAUGCUCUUCACUUAAAAUAUCCUAAAGGACUUGCCAAAACUUUUGAAUUUGUGCAAAAAGUUUUACUCGGCAUGGAUGACGGAAAACUGUCUCCUAGCGUGCAAACAUUAAAGAAUGAGUUGAUGUAGAGCUACUUUUUUUUUCUCGUUUAAUGAAGGCUGGCACUGGGGCAGUAACUUAAAAACAUGUCAGUACGUGUAGUUUAAACUAUACAGGAGUCACUUACCAGAAUGCACUAUUUUUAUUUCUUUUUAUGAAUGCCGCAAGACUAAGUUUUAUAUGACUUAAUGUAUGUUUUAAAAAUCAGGAUAUUUAAUUUUGUCAAACUAAAUCAUUUUUUUUGAAGCUCAUGUUUAAACAAAGUUGGUCAUGUAAAAUUCUGUUAAAAUAUUUUACAAAAUAAUUCUUCAAAAAUAUUUUUUUGUUACAAGUCAUACUGGGUUUUAUGCAUUACUUUUUCCUGAAUGUUUUUUUCCCCUGAGAAUUUUCACCCUUUUAAAGGGUUACUUUACAGGUGUCAUGUUGAUUUGUUAUAUCAAAUAGAACACCAUAGAAAGUAUUGUUAUUCUUUUUCAUUGUAUUAACAUUCUGGGCAUACUUUAUUCAUUUUAAAAUAGUGUUUAUUGUAAAUCUGUUACUGACAAACUGUUUUAAAGGUUUUGAGAAAUUUGUAUGUUUAUAGAAGGCAUGUUUACUGUAAACAUUCAUGUUGGUAUUACCUGUUGGACAUUUUUUGUUUAAAAAUAAAUGUUAAAAAUGG